AUGCGCGGCAGGGUUAAUGAUAAGCUGGAGGUGUGGCGGCAAACUCUGAAAUCUAAAGGUUUCAAGUUGAGCAGGACCAAAACAGAAUACAUGGAGUGUAAGUUUAGCAUGGAGACGCACGAAGCAGAAAUGUACGUGAAGCUUGAUACCCAAGUCAUUCCCAAGAGAGCUAAUUUCAAAUAUCUUGGGUCUAUUAUACAGAGUAACGGGGAGAUUGACGAGGAUGUCACCCACCAUAUAGGAGCGGGGUGGUUGAAAUUGAGGCUUUCUUCUGGUGUUUUGUGUGACAGGAAUGUGCUACCUAGACUUAAGGGCAAGUUCUAUAAAGCAGUAGUUAAAUCGGUCAUGUUGUACGAAGUCGAGUAUUGGCCAGUCAAGAAAUUCCAUGCCCAGAAGAUGAAAAUAUCAUAA